AUGAUUAAAUUUGGCUACCGCAUGCAGAAUUCAAUCUUAAAAGACCCGAUGGGAGCAAAAUCAAAGAUUAAAAAGUUGUUUGGGUUUGGAAAGAAAGGUGCUAGUUCUUCUAGGGAUGAUACACAAGUUUCACAAGUUUCAUCAGAGGACGGUGACAAUGAAACCAGGGAUCAACGGAUAAUAUGCGAUUAUCCAACACCUCCUAUUCAAAGUUCUACACAUAUUCAUAGAGAAGAAACAGGGAUAGUAUAUGCAUAUUCCCAUCCUCAAGAAGAAGGCCCUCAAGGAAUGGACUCUUCGUACAAUCCCUAUCUUGAUCCAUACUAUGCUCAAGAAAGAGCUUCUUCAUACUAUCCUCAACCAAACUAUCCUCAAGGAGGAAGCUCUUCAUACUAUCCUCAAGGUGGAAGCUCUUCGUACUAUCCUCAAGGUGGAAGCUCUUCGUACUAUCCUCAAGGUGGAAGCUCUUCGUACUAUCCUCAAGAAGCAAGCUCUUCGUACUAUCCUCAAGAAGCAAGCUCUUCGUACUAUCCUCAAGAAGGAAGCUCUUCGUACUAUCCUCAAGAAGGAAGCUCUUCGUACUAUCCUCAAGAAGGAAGCUAUCCUCAAGAUGGAAGCUCUUCGUACUAUCCUUACCAUGGAACUUCUUCAAACUAUCCUUACCAAGGUCAAGAAGGAAGCUCUUCAUACUAUGGAACCUCUUCACACGAUGAAAACACAAAUAGUUGUUCCAUCAUGUGA